AUGACCUCGAGAUCGGUCGCCUCCUCCUCGGGGUCCUCGGCCCUCAGGGCGGAGAGGAAGCUGAACACGCCGCCCAAGUUCGUCACCGAGGCUCAGCGGACGUUGCUUUACUUCCGCGCCGUUGACGCGGAUCAUCCGGAGUCGGUUCUCAACGACAUCUACGCCAAGCAACUGGUCAACAGGAUCCCUCUCGAUAUCGUCGAGACCAUGGGUUCCGAUGUUCGAUAUGUGACAUUCUGGUGUCUUCGUGCCAAGAGAAUCGACACCUGGUGCCAAGAAUUCAUAAACGAGAACCCAGACUGCACAGUGGUAAAUCUGAGCUGUGGGUUGGACACGCGGAUACAGCGUCUGGAGCCACCGCGGAGCGUCCGCUGGAUCGACGUCGACCACCCGGAUGUCAUCGAAUUUAGGAAACGCGUGUUCCCGAGGCCCACCGGCGACUACAAGACGGCGUCCGUAGACAUUACCGACCCGGACACGUCGUGGAUCCAGGCAUUCCCGAGCAACAGGCCUACUCUGGUCAUCGCCGAGAGCAACAUGUUCUACCUCAAGCCAGAGGUUGCCAAGGGCAUCUUCUACUCCAUUGCAGAACACUUCCCACAUGGUCAGAUUGUCUUCGAUGUCCUUGGAUCCCUCUGUGCAAACCUGAUCAACAUGAAGAUGGCAACCGCCCAGAAGAAGUCGGGCAUGAAGAUUCUCUGGCCUGUGGAUGAUCCUCACGUCAUGACGCGGAUACACCCUAAGAUCAGGCUCCUAGAUGAGAUGAGAUACACUCAAGAUAUGCCGCCCUGGUUUGGCGAGUUCAAGACGAAGAUUCUCAAGUUGUUACCGGGGUACCGGAACCUCGGCAGAGUCAUACUGCUUAGUUUCGGGGCGGGCUCGCGGGAAUUGGAGAGCCGUGGAGUGUCCUCCAUGGGCGACUCGGCGUCCUAUACAUCCUCGAGUGGGACUGAAUACUUCCCUGGAAUGGCUGAGGGCCUAAGCAGGGCGUCGACUUUCCAACGAGAGCAGUAG